AUGGCAUCGGUCGCAGCACACACGGAAAUUGUGCAGACUGUAGCCUCCAUGCCGCAGGCGCAUUUGCAGCUAUGCCUGGGUACAAUGCAGGAAUUAGCCAAAGCUGCGCCUGAGCGUGCCCGUGCUGUUCUGCUGGAGCAUCCGCAGCUUUGCCAUGCGCUCCUCCACGGCCAGUUCUUGCUGGGGCUCAGCCUUGAUCCGACGAUGCCGCCAGACCUGGCUGAGACUGCAGAGCUGCGGGCGGAGGCCGUGCAGCGAGCCAUGUCCAACUCAAAGACCUUGGCUGGACGGCAUCGGGGUGCUGUUCCAUUGUCCAGAGGUGCAAACGUAAGUGUUCCGUACCCUGCGCCGAAUGUGGUGAUCCCUGCAAGGCCACUGGUCCCCGGAGCCCUCGGAGGUGCUGGAAUGAUGCCGCCUCCACCUAUGGUGGUGCCAAGCGGAGGCUCCUUUGCGAAAGGGGCUCCGAUGAGGCCGCCUUUCGACGGGUUCCAGGCGGUGAAGAUGGACACUGGCUGA